GAGCUCCAGCUUCGAGGAAUUCUUGGACACCGCGCCUCACGUGACAGCGCCUGACAGCUCAGAGGAGGAACACCAACAUGGCGGUGUGCAUAGCAGUGAUCGCUAAAGAGAACUACCCGCUGUACAUCCGCAGUGUGCCCACUCAGAAUGAGCUGAAGUUUCACUACACGGUGCACACCUCUCUGGACGUGGUGGAGGAGAAGAUCUCUGCUGUGGGCAAGUCCCUGGGGGACCAGAGAGAGCUGUACCUGGGUCUGCUCUACCCCACCGAAGACUACAAAGUAUAUGGGUAUGUCACAAACUCCAAGGUGAAGUUUGUCAUCGUGGUGGACUCCUCAAACACAUCAUUGCGGGACAAUGAAAUAAGGAGUAUGUUCAGAAAAUUACACAAUACCUUUACCGAUGUAAUGUGCAACCCGUUCCACAAUCCUGGGGACACCAUUCAGUCCAAGGCCUUUGAUGGAAUUGUUUCAGGAAUGAUGGUGCAAUCUGGCUGAUGUCCCUUCCUGCUCACCUGCCACUGUACAUAGUCCCCCUAUUGUUUGUUUACAUGUCACCUUGAAUUUUGAAAUGUGUAACUGUUAUAAAACUUAAUUUUUGUUGCA